AUGGUUGACCAGAAAACGGACACUCUCCUGCUUGGUGUGUAUGCGCAUGGAAACCACUAUGGAGUGACCAAUUGGACCCGGAAACUGCCCCAAAGCUGUAAGUACCUGUGGAGCUACUUGAAGAAAUGGACCCCUGAAGCCAUUCAUGGUAGCACCCUGGUGAUCAACAAGAAUUGUAAGCAUGGCAUGCACCGAGAUGUUCACAAUCAACCAGGUACCAAGAACUAUUCGAUAGGCGUGUCUCAGUACAAACAAGGUGAAGUGUGGCUAGAAGGCCCCGGACCAAGCCCCACCUACAAGACGAUCAUGCGACAGACGCCUACAGGACAGCAGCUCCCGGGACACUUGCGUUCCGUAAAUCAGCAGGUCGUAUCCUUUGAUGCGCAUAAGUGGCACGCGACACAGGACUGGAGCGGCAAGCGAUGGAUCGUAACGGAGAAGAAGGAAGGAGAGGAACAAGCGAUGGUAGGAGAAAAGGGGGGUGGAAAACCGAGUAAGGCACAGGAGGAGGAGUCCAUCAAGAAGAAGUUAUAUCUCCUACACGCCGCGACGGGACACGGGUCGGUGCGCCACAUGAUUGAUGCUCUGAAGCGUAGGAAAGCCAGCCCUCUUGUGAUCCGCCUGGCACAGGAAUUCAAAUGCUCCAUAUGCCAGGAGAAAGCACGAGUGCAGCCGAGGCAAACCGCCUCGCUAGAGCCCAUACCACCAAAGUUCCAUACGAUCACGGCGGACAUUGGGCACUGGGUACACCCAGCGUCCGGGGAACACCAGAAUUUUAUGGUGGUGGUUGAUGAAGGGUCUAGGUUUAGGAUGGCAAAGAUUCUUCUGAAAGGGCAGAAGCAGGCGCCUACCUCAGCAGCAUGCAUUAAUUAUUUGCAGGAGGGAUGGUUCCAGGUGUUUGGAAGGCCCAAGACUUUGCGAUUGGACCCUGCGGGUAGUUUCAGAUCUAGCACAGUGGAGAGCUUCUGUGACCGCCACAGCAUAUAUCAUGAUGUGAUCCCAGGCGAGGCGCACUGGCAGAUAGGUCUAGCGGAACAGGCAGUUCAGGGGUUGAAGCUUCUCAUGUCAAAGAUUUGCGAGACUGAUCCUACCACGACUCCGGAGGAGGCUAUAAGCAUGGCUGUUUCAGUGUUCAAUCAAAGGGAAGUUGUUCGGGGAUACUCACCGGUGCAACAUGUUUUGGGUCAGGCUCCGGAUGCCAUGGGACGAUUUCUUCCACAUGAAGGAAACCUCCCAGAAGAAGUGCCAGCCAGUGACAGAGAAGAACUCUUAGAGGCUUUGGGCCCCGAGCAGACAGCCCCAUGGACCUUCAGCAGAGUAGCAGAAGAAGUGGGGGGAAACAGCUACCAAGACCUGACCCAGGAGACCCCAAGUGAACAAGAGUGGAUGAGGGCCCAGGAGUGGGAGGACGUUGAUGGAGGUGAGCCAAGCCAGCCUAGCGUAGUCCGGAGAACCUCUGCCUACGUAGGACCCAAACUCCCCGAACCUGAGUGCGCCAACUGGUGGGACAAGGUUGCCGAGUCAGCAUGGUCAGCUGAAGCUAGUGCUUAUUGGACCGAGGAACAACAAGCAGUAGAGAUCGAGAUCCCUCUGCCAGAAUCACGCCGAGGGCAGGAACACAUGUGUAAGAACAUGCAGGGAUUCUUUGUGUCGGCCUUGAAAAGAAGGGCGAUUGAAGUGUGCGAGCGCAAACUGAGUGAAGGAGACCGUGAGAAAUUCCGUGAAGCGAAGAAUGCCGAGGUUCGCAAUUUCAUCUCAGCCAAGGCGUUUGAAGCCCUGCCGAGGCAUCUGCAACCGGACCGCUCACAAGCGGUCGGAAUGAGAUGGAUCUUGACGUGGAAGGUCAAGGAUGAUGGAGGCGUCAAGGCCAAGGCCAGGGCAGUAUUAUUGGGGUAUCAAGACCCCCAGUACGAAUUCAGGUCUACGGCAGCCCCUGUCAUGACUCGUCAGACCAGACAGCUAUUCCUGCAAUUGUCGGCCAACAAUCGGUGGGCCAUACAGAAGGGAGACAUCACAGGGGCCUUCCUGCAGGGCCGGGAAUACCCGGACGAUUUAUUCUGCAUCCCUUGCCCAGAAAUCUGCUCGAGUAUGGGAAUACCAGAGGGUUCCAUCACCAAGCUCAAACGAGCUUGCUACGGACUGGUGGAUGCUCCCUUGGAAUGGUACAAGACCAUAGCAGAAUAUCUGGAGAGCAUUGGACUGACUCGAUUGUGGUCAGAUUCUUGUGCCUGGGUGUGGAGGCCAGGAGGACCGGGCACAGCAGUCAGGGGUAUGAUAACGGGUCAUGUGGAUGAUUUUCUCUUUGGGGGAUCUUCCGAAGAUUCUGAGUGGCAGGCGAUCUUGGAAAAGAUAAGAACUCGUUUCAAGUGGGGCGAUUGGGACUCGAACAACUUCGUCCAGUGUGGGGUUGAGGUUCGGACGGUUCCGGAAGGGUUCGAGUUGUCACAACCAAAAUACCUUGCCACAGUGGAAGAGAUACCCCUGAACACCACGCGCAGGAAGGACCCUAAGGCCGCUACGACGCCUCAGGAAAAGAGCCAAUUGAGGGCCCUUCUUGGGGCUCUGAGCUGGUAUGCCCAGCAAACGGCUCCACACUUAUCAGCAGAUGUCAGCCUGAUGCUGUCAGAGGUAGGACAGUCCACCGUGAACACGAUAGUCAGGGCCAAUCAGCUGCUGAGUGUCGAAAGAAAUAGAAAGGGACAUAAGCUCUUGAUACAGAGAUGCGACAAUGAGGACAUGCAGUUGUUUGCGUGGGUUGAUGCGGCUAGUCAGAACAGGUUGGACGGAAGCAGCACACAGGGUAUCUUUGUCGGCGCGGCCUCCAAGAAACUGUUUCAAGGUGAGAUAGCUGCCGUUAGUCCAAUUAGCUGGCAUUCCACCCGCAUCGAACGGAAAUGCCGGAGUCCUGGAGCCGCUGAAACACAGGCGGCUGUGAAUGGGGAGGACGCUUUGUUCUACGCGAGGUUUCAAUGGUCAGAGAUACUACAUGGCCAACCAAACCUUCGAGAGCCGUCUGAGACAGUGAGACAGACGGAUGGCUGUCUGAUCACAGACAGCAGAAAUGUCUACGACAAACUGCAGACAGAAAUGCUGGUGAUCAAGGGGGCGGAGAAGAGAUCGAAUAUCGAACUACUAUCCCUGAAGGAAGCGCAGCAGAGUUCCAACUUGGUCAUCCGCUGGGUGCAUUCAGAAGCUCAACUGGCAAAUUCUUUGACAAAGUGUGGGGGCAAUCAAGAGAUGGACCUGUACUACAGAAUGAACUUUGCCUGGAGAAUAGUCGAGGACAGUGAGAUGAUGUCAGCACGACGCCGGAAGUCAAAGGGUCUGCAGCCGCUACAACAACAUACACAGCAGGAAGUGAUCAGUUGUGUUUUUGAGAAAGAGCACUUUUAA